GAACAACGCUGGUCCCAACGACUUCUUAGAGUGCUUCGCGUUCCCCCUCAGCUUAUGGCCAACUACUCCCUCUAGUAGCAAUACGCUACAAAUCCUUUUGGGGCAGGCGUUCAGUAUCUGCUGAGCCGCUGCUGAUCUUCCCCACCGCUGAUCGUAAGGAGUACGUGCGCAUGGUGGGUCGCUUCUAUGAACUUGUUGUAACCUCAAACCUGCGGCACUAGUCGAUACUUCGAAGAUUCUACGUGUGCGAUAACCACCUUCGGUAUCUAUCUCCCACCUCUAAUUUACGUCUCCGCCCCGCGUCUCCGUGCUGCGUUCCGCGUCCUGCGUCCUGCGUCUACUUCGAUAAAAGCGAACCAUGAGCGUUGACCCAUGCACCAGCGCCAACAUCUGCUCAAAAAGAGAUUUGAAGUCCCUUUGCGAAGUCGAAGACAUUGAGACCGGCGCAUUCAUACGAUCAACCUUCACGUACAUCGAUGAUCACGACAGAGUAUGGUUCGGUCAGACAACGGAAAUAAGAAAAUAUGAUCUCACUGUUGAGAAUCUGAAUCGACUUUUGCAACAGCUCCCGGACGAGAAGAUAUAUUCGCUGAAGACUACCGCAGAAACAAAGCUUCUGCCUCAGCUACUACUCGGAGAAGCAGAGGUGUUACAGAUCAUCGAACAGAAUCCUCAUCAGAAAACUAUCAGGUUUCAUGGUUGCGUCGUCAAUCGCAGUCGAUUUACUGGUAUUGCUCGGAAUAAGUACAGUGUCAUUUUGCAAUACCGUCACGAGGAUGUCCCACAGCCUCUCGAUGUAGAGGCUUGCAUGCGCGGUAUCCGUUCCGCUCUGGAACACCUUCAUUCUCUUGGACUCGCGCACAACGACCUCAAUCCCACGAAUAUUGCUCUUGACGGCAAUGACAACCCAAUCCUACUAUACUUUAGGUCUUGCAGAAGAUUUAGUGAAGUUCUUCUCUCUGGAGGUACAUCUGGCUCGAUAGAUGAGAAUUAUUUCACAUCAGCUCAAUGUCACGAUGAACUUGCUGCAGAGAAAUUAGAGGCGUGGCUUCAGAGUAAGGCAAAAGAGCAAGUUUAG